GCACAGCACAGUCUGCAGCAGCAUAGGAUGUAAUCAAUCCCACAUGUUUCAUCUCUGCGACUCGGGGAUUUUCACUUUGAAUAUUUUUAUACUUUUUCUUUCGUUAUACCCUACUCGCCACGCAAGGGAUAUAACUUACCAGACAUGACGGGGACUCAGUUUCUACCCUGCAAAGCCAAAACUCCGCUCAAUGCGAGGGGAUCCCGAAGUUCAUAAAAGGGAUUAUUUGCAUCUGGGUGCCUGAGACCUUCGGUGCCUCCGGAUUUUACUUUGGAUUUGGGAUUUAUCGGUUCUCGCCGGGAUGGAAAGCCGAGAUUUCGCUCCCCCGCACCACCUCCUGACGGAGCGGAGCGCGCUGGUUCACAGCGCCGCGUCUCGGAUGGCGCAAGGCGGCCACGGCUCCGUGCAGCACCCCGCUCACUUCCAGCCAGGGAAAUACUACUCAUCCCACCUCUCCAUGGGUCCGCACUCAGGUGCUUCCUUCAUGGGUUCCUUCCUGGCCAGCAGUGUGGGGUCCCCGUCCUCCCACCCCCCUCACCCCUCGGGACCCGCUGCCUCACCGUCCUCCCCCUCAUACAGGACUGGACCCCAUUCAAGCGCCUCCCCUAUCUGGUUCCCCCAUUCACAUGAAGGGUACCCCAGCUAUUCAGGAAGUCUUGCUUCUCCUUUUCUCCCCAUGAGUCCCCUCGAUCACCAUAGCAACGGUCUCUAUGGACAGCACCGCUUCUAUGAAACUCAAAAAGAUCACUUCUACCUGAGGGGCCUUCCUCCCCAGCCUCCUCUGCUCUCCACCAAUCACAGUCUUCCCCCACUGGCCAGGACUGCCCCCGGCCACCCGCUUGGCUCUUGCAGCCGAGAGACGGACAACGGGGGAGGCGGUGGGGGAGGCGGGAAGAGCACCAAGGACAUGAGCGAGAAAGGGGUUUCGUCAGUGUCAAAGGAAAAAGAGCGAUCGAGCAGCAAGGAGCGACACCAGGAAAACAAAGAAAAGCUUCAUCAUCACCAUUCACAUCAUACGAACUCUGCCACCACUCCAUCUAGCUACCAUCACCAAGCUUACUCCCACCCUCACCAUGCUCUCCUUCCUCACCUCACACACACGGGCAGGGAGGAGGACCACAGACACCCUCUGGAGCGACACAAGGAAUACAGAGACAGUGACUCGGGCAGUCAGGGGACAAAACAGAUGAGUGCCUGUAAACUUUCCAGUGGUUCAGGGGCAGAGAGCGGUUCUGGAGGAAAGGGGGGAGUACUGAGCAGCUGCAGUGGUGGUGGGGUGGUUAGACCUCCACCUGGUGGCGGCAGGCGCUGCUCCAAGGACGGACCCAUAAACGGGGAGAUGAAGAUCAGCGAAUCCUCAACCUCCUCCUCUGAAUGUAUGAGAAGAGGUGCGGCUGCAGCCACAACCAUCUUGGCACCUCCAACUCCGCACUCUGUGGCCUCCUAUUCCAUGCCUCCUCCUCCACCUCCGCCACCUCCUCCUCAUGCCUUACACAUGGGCUCCACAGUGACGGGAGGGUGGCUGCACCACCCACAUCACCAUCCCCAUCCUGAGUUUUACUGCCCCCCAGCCCCUCUUACCCUGACACACUCAAAAGAUCCAGCAUCAACAUCUGGAGGAUCUGGCAGAGAGGCAAAAGUCAUCGGCCCAACUUAUGUCCCCUCAGUUGGGUUGCUGGGAGAUUUGGCAGCUCCUGACUGUCGUGGUGCAGGAGGAGGCGGGAGAAAAGGAGAUGACAAGAGUGGAGAUGGAUCUUUUGAAAGUCCCUCUCAUCACCUUAGUCGGCUUAGUAGUUGCCAGAAGAAGGAUAAAUCUCAGCCCCACCAGCAGCAGCUGGGCUGCGGCAAAGCUGACAAACCUUCUGACUGGAGCCACCAGACACAGCACUUCCACAAACCCAGUUCCAACCCGAGUUCUCAGCCUGAGCUGCGGUCCUGCAGCCUGGACACAUCUUCAUCCUUCCGCGAUGUGGAGAUUGUGGACGACGUUUACCGGCCGUCACUCCCACCAGAUGCCCAGGGGACACACCUUGGGUCUGGACAGGGAUUAUCCAAGAAUGGCCCUGGUGCCAGCACACCUCCCUUCAGGGACUGUUCUCACUCAGGUCCUCAUCCUGAGAGGGUGGGCUCGGGGUCAGCAGUUCAGAGGGAGGGACAAAAGGUUGCUAGGAUACGACACCAGCAGCACAGCAGCCAUGGAGCAAGUACAGAAGAGAGGGGAAGAGAGGGAAGUCAGGCAGCAACACCUUGGGGGGCUCGAGGGGGCCACCAAGAGGACCAGAGAAAAGGCUCCCACCAUGUAUCAGUCGGCAACGGUGAAGUAAGAGGGCUCAGCAACAGAGCUCCAAACACUGACCACAACCAGCCCCAUUCUCAACAGGUGAAGAGCAGCGCCAUGAAGAACUUAAUGAACUACAGCUCUCAGCAGCCUCUGCUGCUCCCCCAUCGGAGCCCCUUUGGUGGUCUGGGCUGCCUCAAGCAGGGUGGAGAGAGAUCAGAGAGGGGGGACAGGGGAGGAGGCAAAAGCAACACCUCCCUGCAAGACCCUCCCAAACAGUCUCCCUCUCGCCGAGGCUCCACUAAUGAGGGAGAGAGGGGGGACAGAGGUGGGAAGGAGGCCGGGGAGGCAGGAGAGGGGGAGGUGCGGCAGCCUCCGGUGGGUAUUGCAGUUGCAGUAGCCAGGCCCCCCCAUCGUUCCCCAGACAACACCCCUGGACACAGCAGACAGGGCAGGGUGCUGCCCAGCAUGAAAGGGGUGUCGCGCCCCAUGUAUCCUCUUGGUCGGGAGGCAGAGGAGAGGAAGAGGAUGACAGAGGAACAGAUCAGCCUUCAUCACCUGGACAGAGACAGAGAAAUGAUGAUCAGGGAAAACAAGGAUCGCGUGGAGUUUGCCAGGAUUCACCCUUCUAGUAGUUGCCACGGUGACCUGACCUCUCACAUCUUGGUCUCCGGAGGAGCCAGUCAGUUAGGGGCAGACCCUGCUGCACAUGCUCACCCAGCUCACCACCACUGGAUGCAGAGGACAGGAAGUCCCUCCCUCUGGAUGGGGCAUUCAUACAGUCUUGGUCAUGUGGGGAUGAGUGCCGGCUUCCCACCUGGUCUUCCCAGCCCCUUGCAGCCUGUGCUUGGUUCACUCACUCAAGACCCCAACUCCCCGCUGGUGGUUCUUCCUACAGAACCCGGGCCACAUCAUCACCUUGAUGUUCUGGAGCAGUCAGGUCUUUGGCCUCCUGUGUACGGAAGCCGUGGCCCUCCUCCUCACCUGCAGCAUCACCCGGUCUACUCCCGAUCCUCAUUCCUACAGCAACAGGAGCUGUACGCACUGCAGCAUCGGCACCAGCAGCAGCAGCAGCGAGUAAUGGAGCACAUGCAGCGCCACUCCUUAGGACAGAGAAAACAUGAGGAGCACGCUAUCACAGUAGAAGACACUCCUCACGAAUCUUUGGCAUCUCGAACUCCCUCCUCAUCUUCCUCCUCUUCUUCGUCCACCACCUCCUCUCACGCGGCCAAACCCUUUUCUCACACCCCUCCUCCACUCAAGACGUUCGACCCCGUCUGGGGUUGUUGUCCCAGCAGUCGUCAGUCACCCUGCUACCCACUGCCCCGUUCCCGGCGACCGCAUCCGCCCAACCUUCUGACCCCUGCUCCGAGCCCUGCUGCGGCGGCGCCACGCUCCCCGGCGCUCAGCCCUGCUCCGUCACACCUCUCCAAAGGGCUGGAGAGAGGUAGCGACAGGGGAGAGGGACAGCCACCACAGGACUACCCACAAUCUCUAGAGCCAGACUUGCCACCUGUUUACACCUACCCUCCGAUCACCAUGGGUUACAAGGCCGGGCCCUCUCCUCCUGAAGCCCGAGGGCUGAACAAGCCAUGGUGGAGGCGGAGCCGGCAGAGGCCUGGUGUCAAGUCCCUCCCACAUCCGUGCCAUAUCCAGCCUCUCACGAAAGAAGAGGUGAGGAGGGAAGAAGAAGAAGAAGAUAGAGACUGUGAAGUGGUGGAAUCCCAGAGUGGAGUUGCAGAGGAAAAGAAGGAGGAAAGGAGGGCGGAAGCCGAGCCCGAGAGCAAAAUUUCUGGAUUGCCGCCAUGCCCUUCCCCAGCUUCAGUCCCCAGUCCAGCCUGCCCGGCCACAGGCACAGGCAAAGCCCUAAAAGUAGAGCUCUCUCUGGGUUUCCCGGGCCAGAAGGCUGCCUGGGAGGAGCCCGAGCCCUCCAAAGAACAGGAGGAUGAUAGAGAAUGUAGAAAAGAGGACAUGGAGGAGGAUGAAGGGAGAGAAAGUGGAGUGUUCCAAACAGAAUGUGCUGUCUCUGUGUCUGGAGAGCCUCCAGAGGAGGAGGAGGAGGUGGGGGAGGAUGUAGAGGUGGUUGAGGAUGGAGAACAGGAGGGUAGCGGGAGGAGUCUAGAUGAGGACUUGGUGGAAGUAACAUCUUCUUCUCCCGCUCCCCUUCCAUCCUCUGACCCCGUCCUCCCUCUCCCGGCAAGCACAGCAGCCCAGCUCCAAGGGGCAUACAUGUGGAGCCUGGAGCUCCUGAUCGCUGCGGCUCUGUGUGCCACCAGAGAUGCCUUGUACCCGCCUGUACCUGCUGUCCGGGUGCCAAGUCCUCCAUCUCACCACGGCAUGGAAAUACUGGGAGAACUGGCCGAGCUGGAGAUCCAGCAGAGGAGCAGGAGAGCAAAGGGGAAGGAUGCUGAAGGUGAGGACAUGCUGACCUUUGACCUCCACAGUCUGGCGACGCUGGCGGCCGCCCGUGCCCUGGAGAUGGGGGGAGGGGCUGUGGACGCAAGGGCGGGCCAGCAAUGUCCAAUCAGGAAGAGGCUGAACCUGCGCAGGAAGUGCAGCUGGACGCCUCGCCACGAGCCGGUGUGCCCAGUGAAGGGCUCCAUGGAGACGAUGGGAGGGGAGGAGCUGGCCAUGCGUGUCCAGCUGGCUGAGCUACAACGCCGCUACAAAGAGAAACAGAGAGAACUGGCCAAGCUACAGAGGAAACACGACCACCAGAAAGAGGAGACGUCUCGCAGCCCUGCCCGCCGGGGCCCGGGCCGCCCCCGCAAGCGCAAGUCCACCCCCGGCCCAGCUGCUGCAGAGAGCUCCAAAAGACUCAGGGCCGGGCUAAAUUUACUGGAGGAAAAAGCCAGGAAGAAAAUGUCCAAUCACGGCUUCAACAGCCUCAGUGCCGCACAGAUGAAAGCUCGCUGUAAGCACAGAGGUCGGCCCAGCACCCUGAGCUCCAGGCUGGCCAGAAGGGUGACCCAGCUGAAGCAGAAGGCUGCAGCCCAGCGUGGUGCACCGUCAGCGGGAAUGCUGCACUGCCGAGGGGCCCCUGGAGCACAAGAGGUCAUGAAGAGUCACUGCAGACAAGGAGUAAAAGACCCACAGCAAGACUGGGCAGCCGGUCAGACUGUGAAGAGGAAGAGGGGUCGCAAACCAAAGGUGCUGAUGGGUGUCGACCAAAACAGAGCUCACCACAAAGACAGCCGGACCUCUGAGAAACGGGAAGUCAGGGAUGAGAAGAGUUACAGCGAGAGUUCAGAGCACGAGGAGGAGGAGGACGGCAAUUUUGAGAGUGAAGAUGGAGGCAGUGACGUCAAGAUUAGCUCAUCCUCUAAAGAAGCUCCUGCAAACCAUGCCGGGAUCAUGUCUUUUUCAUCACAGUCCUCCAAGCUCCAAGCAAACCAGAAAGCCAGGAGUAAGAGACCAGGCCCUCCUGGCAUGGGGAGCAUGCCCAGUACAGAUCAGAGGAAGAUGCCCAGGAGGCCAAGCCUCGCCAACACAGAGAGGGGACGUCAAGACCACCAAGGCACUAAAAGAGCGUCUCUGCCCAGCUGGGGUGCGUCGUCUGUGGGCUGCAGCUUUGGGGAUGGCCGAGGGAACCAUGGAGCUCUGACAGAAGUGAACAGGACCAGCAAGGAAGCCAUGAGGAAGAGCUCAGCAGGGCAGGGAAUUCUGGGAAAGGCCAAAGGUCACGCAGUGAGCCGACUCCUGCAGAGCUUCGCGGCCGACGAGGGCUUUCGCUUGGAUGAGGAGAGCAGCUUCUCUGAGGGAGAGGAGGAGGAGGAGGAGGAGGAGGAGGAGGAGGAGGAGGAGGAACAGGAGGAGGAGGAGGAGGAGACAGAGAAGAAGAUGAUCCACCUUCCUCCCAAUAUGCCUUGCAGAAUACCCGCUCUGCCAAACUGCGUGCUCAGUAAAGAGAUGUUAGUGGACGGGCUGAAGAUCCUGAUCUCUAAGGAGGAUGAGCUGUUGUACGCUGCCUGCGUUCAAACUCUGGACCUGCCUGACAUAUUCAGUGUUGUCAUUGAAGGGGAACGAGGGAAUCGCCCAAGGAUCUACUCACUAGAGCAACUUUUGCAGGAAGCUGUGCUAGACGUGCGGCCUCAGACUGAAGCCAUCCUGAUCGCAGGGACGCGAGUUUGUGCCUACUGGAGCGAGCGUUCUCGUUGUCUUUACCCUGGAUACGUUCACCGAGGAGGUCCGGGUGAGGAGGAGAAGGAGGGCAGUGUUAUGGUGGAGUUUGAUGAUGGGGACAGAGGAAGAAUCUCCCUUGCAAACAUUAGACUUCUGCCUCCAGGAUACCAAAUCCGCUGUGCGGAACCCUCUCCGGCUCUUCUCAUCUCACCUGGUCGCCGUGGUCGACGAAGCUCCAUCCAGGAGAAGAAAGACACACCCACAGAGAAACCACCCAAUGAGGAACCAGCAGGGAGACCCCAGGAAAAAAGACCAGUUGGCAGGCCGAAGAAAAUCCACUCAGUGCCUAAGACUUCCAGCACACCAACAUCAGUAUCAGACACUGUAACCAAAGGCAACACUUCGUUGAUGAGCUGGUCCGCACCUAGGAAGAGACCCCCCGUUGAUUUCUUCCUCUUUAAUGGAACAUCCCGCAAAACCCAAAGGAGGAUUCGAGAGCGAGACUUGGGGGUGUUUCAUCGCCCUGUCUCCCAUCCCCUCACACCCCCAACCCCCAUCAAAGGCAUCUUUGGCUCCCCUUUUGUAGUUGACUCUUUUAGCAGCAUCGCCAACGGCUACUCAACUUUUGGAAGCGGAGGAGGCUCAGGAGCGGGGCGACCAGUCACCACCAUAGCAUCCAUGGGGCUCAGGCACUCCUCCUCGGCUUGCUCAUCGGCUGUCACCAUGGCAAUGGCAGCCGGGAGCAAGAAGCCGGUAAGCCAACGUGACAGGAAACAAUUCCUGGUGAAGCUAGACCAUGAAGGAGUGACCUCUCCUAAAACAAAAAACGGCAAGGCCCUGCUUCGACUCGGGGGGAGCAGUGGGAAAGGAAGCAGGACUCUCGCCUCUGCGGGAGCAACACUGCGAUACAUUCACCCCUCCAUGCUGGUGAAGCAUGGCAAGAAGGGAGGAGGGGAAAGAGACAGCACUGGAGCCCGGUCUGAGGCUCUUCUAAAGGAUACUCACCCUCUGAGAAAAGACCUUCUGUCAGCAGGCAUCGGAGUCCAAAGUGGAGAUUACAGUUUGGACUACCCAAGCGACUGCCCCAGCUCCUACUCUGAGCUGGAUGAGGAUGAUGAAGACGGUGGUCAAGAUGCUGGAGCACGAAGAAGAAGUAGUGGUGCAGCGACAUCCCACCGAAAUGGACGUUUUCUCUCUCGUCUCUCUGUCUGUUUCUCCUCGUCCUCAUCGUCCUCUUCAUCCUCCGGCUCCAUCUCCUCCUCGUCCCUCUGCUCCUCAGACAACGAUUCGUCUUACUCCUCCGAUGAAGAGUCCUCGUCAGUGCUGCUGCGCCGUGCGCUGCUCCAGCAGGACAAACACAAGCGUCGGCAGAACAUGAGCUCUGACCUCAUGAGCCCUGACCCCACCACCUCCAACCCCUCUGCCUCUUCCGCGGCCUCGGCUCACAGCUACGUGGCCAAGGCUAGCAUGGCUGUCCCAGGGUCAAAGGUGAGGGCGGAGAGAACGGAAGACAGGAAGGAGUACAUGUCAAAGGGAAGCUUGGCGGCUAACAGUAGCACAGCCAAGACCCACAUGAAGAGGAAAGAAGGAGUACAUAACAGCCACCACCAGGGCCAGAGCAGUCCUGUGAGCCAGCAGUCCAAACCUUCAUCCAAGGACCCGACAGCAGCCAAGAGGCAGAGGAUGGCGUCACCUGAACCUCUGCACAACAUGGCUCCCCUGCUGCCUGGACGCCAGCUGUGGAAAUGGUCCGGUAACCCCACACAGAGAAGAGGUCUGAAGGGUAAAGCCCGCAAGCUUUUCUACAAGGCCAUUGUGCGGGGCAAGGAGACGGUGCGUGUCGGGGACUGUGCUGUGUUCCUGUCACCUGGUCGGCCCCAGCUGCCCUACGUGGGCAGAGUGGAGAGCCUCUGGGAGUCGUGGAGCUCCAGCAUGGUGGUCAGGGUCAAGUGGUUCUACCACCCGGAGGAGACUUGCCUGGGGAAGCGACAUCGUGAUGGCAAGAAUGCCUUGUACCAGUCGAGCCACGAAGAUGAGAACGACGUGCAGACGAUCUCCCAUCGCUGCCAGGUGGUCAGCAGGACUGAGUAUGAUCACAUGAUUCGAGAACACAAGCCGGGUAGCACGUCUAAUGACCUUUUCUACCUGGCUGGAACCUACGAGCCCACCACAGGCCAGCUGGUCAGCGCUGACGGCAUGGCAAUUGUGUCGUAGCACCAGAUAGAGAGAAAUCCAAAUAUUGACCCAAACUCUGGAGUUGACUGCUUCCAGGAUAGUCCUUCAGAACAGACCAAGGGACAGAGGGAAACCAAGACAAGGAGUUUCAGCUCUGCGUAUUGAUCUGUCCCUUGUAAGAGAAGGAGCUAGCCCACUGAAUAAAGCCCAGCAGUACUGGCACUUAGCGGAGUCCGGUUUGUUCUGGGGAAAAGUCUGACCCAUGUCAGAUUUUUACCUCUUUAUCAGAUGUGGAUUGAGGCUCCCUGUCACAGCAAGAGUCUACAGCCUUCCUGUGGCUGAUAUAAGAGAAUAUCUAGUCACUUAAGCAAGAUUACUGCAACAAAAGAACAGGAACCAAGGACAUGAGCACUUUGGAGUAUGGUAGCAUGGAAAUGCUACAGCAGACUUGGCUUUCUGAAACAAAUACUGACUCAGAGAGCUGAACAGACUGUUAUGGUAAGGAGAGACUUACUGUAAACCACACUGGUUUGGAUGGUUUUAAUGGUCUUUUACUGGUAGUGUGAUGAUGACAAGGCGAUUUGGAGAUCCCCAAUAGGACCAAAAAACACUGUAGUUUGGACUUUGUGUGUAAAUGUGUGUGUGCGGAGUGGCUGAGAUGACCAUGUCUGGCAUAUAAUGAGCUCUGAGUAAAUAGUGCUUUAGCGUGCGUGUGUGUGUAUGUGUGUGUGUUUGUACUGUGUGUGUGGUCAUGCACAUAUAUGCCUGUGCUCGUCGGUUGCAAGCCAAGAUGACGUCAUGACACACCGUCAGUAUGUCUUUAACACUCUGAAUAUGAAUCUGUCCAGUACUUAGCGUUCAGUUUUUUAGUCCUCGAGACGGAAACACAAAAUGUUUUUUCUCCUGUCAAGCCAUACACGUCAAUACCUCUGUCGUAUCCUCCUAUUCAGGUGCGAAGACACAUGUACAGGUAGUUGGAUUGUUUAUUUGAACUGUGCGUGCAUGUUUGCGUGCGUGCGUAUGUGUGCAUGGGCGAGCGUGUGUGCUUUGUACAGCGUUAUGUAUAAUAUAACAUGUUGUAAAUACUAUACAUAUAUAUUUGUUCUUGUUGUUUUUCUUUUGCAGAGAAGAUUAUUUUAUUUAGAUUUUUUUAAGGGUGUGUGUGGGGGAAUUGGGGAGGGGUCUGGCAGAGGGAGGAGGUUAAGUUCAAUUUCCUUCUCUCUCAAUGCACUGAACAGGAUCGGAGAUGUGGAUUUGGGGUCAAGCUGUACAACUGAUGUGAAGACUUUGCAGUUGUAAGCCAUGCUUUAGGGAUGAAUAUGUAGAAAGGGUGUCUGGGAAAUGUUGUUUUUAUAAAGAAAUCAGAAAAAGGCUCUUUUUAAACGUGUCCAAAAUCUCUUUGUUCUCUUUAUUUUGCUCUGUUAGGUUUAGAGUGUGCUUUUCCUGUUGGGAGCUUCUUUUUUUUUUAAACAAAUACUGGAAAGGAAACUAAGUUUCUGCUGUUCUCUGAUCCUGAAAGAAUCUUCUUUAUCUAUUUUAGCCUGUAUUUCUAUAAAAAAAUGUAGAUAUUUAUCUGGCAUCAAAAAGAAACAUACCAAAGCACCUGUGAGUUUACGCUUCACCGCAUUAGAAGAAAACAAUUUUAUGAUGAAAAAAAAAAAAGACAGAAAGAUGUUCAAUCAAAUCUGAAUCCGGGACCCCUGCAAUCACCGAGGUAUUUGAAGUAGAGUUCCUCUCGUUGUCUGCUCGUGUUCAUCCAGCGUUGCUAUGACAGCCUCUAAGAAACAUUGCAGCAACAUUGUCUGCACACUGCCCAGCUGAUGCACUUGAGGUCUCUAUGGCAACCAGAAUGGCAUCACGUGACUGUGAAGGACAAUCAGAGCCAAUCAAUGGGACAAUGUUGAGAGACAAAAAAAAGAAAAGAAAAAAGAUAAGGAUCAAAUCACAAAUUAUGCUUCUUGUCACUUUUAUUCCUGCUUUGCCAAAAAUGUCUGUGUGUAUGUUUUAUGUUCGCUUGUUUUCCUAGUUUACCAUUGUCUUACUGUUUAUGCAAGCCUGUGAUGACUGUGUGUUGUCAGUGUAUAGGAUGUACAGGGGGGAAGGACAUGAAUGCCUUUUUUCUUUUUAGGACAUUGACUUUUUUUGACUUUUAACAACAAUGUUGCUGUUACACUGCAAAGCAAAAGCUUUAUAAGAAAUCUAAUGUGAAACUCACUUUUGAAAUAUUACAUUUAUGGGUCUUUAAUUGAUUUUUUUUUUUUAAAGCUGUAUUUUCUUUAAGAAACACUGGAUUCAGUUCUAACCACAUUUUGACAGAAGCAGCAUCAUUGUGCGACCUGUUUUGUUUUGUAGACCCACUGGAACCUGCUUUGUAUGGUUGAGAUGGCCUACUAAAAUAUAUUAUGUAAUUUCAGUCAUUCUUUUGGAAAUAUGACUUAAAUAUUUCCUCAUGUACAAAAAGAAAAAAAUUAUUUAUCUUAAUUUUAUUGCCUUUUUUGUGUUUCAUUAAAAAAAGAUUCUUA